AUGAGUGAUGUACAACGAAAACCUCCUGAAUUCAAGUUUAUGGACCUUCCAUAUCUUCCCAAGCAAUACGUGUUGCAUACAAUGGAGUUUUCAGAUCUGCUCCGUGCAUCGACACUGUCAAAGUGGAUGGCUGAGAUGGUGUCCAAAGUCAAGGUGCCAGACAUGGAUGUUACCAUCAAUUCUCAAAUUGCAAUAAUCAAAGCUGGAGACUUUAAAUGGACCAUCAACAAAGUCGAUGAGCCAGAUUGGUUUGGCCCUCAGUUGUUCUCAAAAACAGAAUUCGGCCGCUACCCCGUCACUGGCUUCACAUCUUCCAAAUGGGUUUCAAACACAACUGAUGAAAAUUUUGAUGAAGUGGUAUCGAUUGUACUGAAGAUUCGGAAGAUAUUCCCAAAACUCAAGAUCAAAAAUCUGAAGAUGGAUUUGAAUCACGUCGACACUUAUGCUCCAAUGUUUGAUUUAUUUGAUGUCAAACAAAUUAAGAAGGUGGACCUGUUCACCAACAUCAAUAAGCUUCCAUCCUUGAUUGAAAAAACGAAGAACAUGAAAAUGCAAGGGCUAAUUCAUUACGAAGAAAUAAUCUGGUUCAUGGCGGAGAAUCCAGUUGAUCCUCACGGAGGCCUUCAUUGGUUCACGACACUUGGAUGUAUAAUGUCGGGGAUGCAAGUCUUGAAGUUGGACGGAGAGCUCUUGACAAAUGCUGAUUGCAUUGAAUUCUUGAAACUAUGGCAAACCGGUAAACUUCCAUGCUGCGGAAUCAUGAAAGCAGAAAAAGUCAAGAACAUCGACUUGAAGACGGUGUUGAAAGGCACAGAUUGGUCACCAUGGAAUGACGCCCAAAUGAAAAAAUACCGAGGAAUCGAAUGCUUUUCUCAAUACUUUGACUUGAAAGGAUUCAUCGUCAAGUGGGACGAUGAGAUUAUUUCAAUCCAGUACUUGGAAGACAUACAGCUCUUCUUCGUCGUUUUCUGGGACCGCCGAUUUGUUGAUCGCACGUUCCGUCCAAUCAAAAAAAUCUUUUGA